AUGGAAGAAAUUAUUGUCAAUGUUUGGCAAAUGGUCUUGCCACCAUUGGAAAAUCGUAUUGGAAUUGCAUUUGCGCUACUGAAAACGAUUUCAGUUUUCACGACUCUCUUACUGGCUGUUUACGUUCGUAUCAAACAUCCAAAACUUUCAUUUCAUUGGAAGGUAUUAUUGGCAAUCAUUGGUAUUUCAUUCACAAUCUACAUAUCGUUCGGAAUUUAUCUACGAUUUCCAUGGCAAAAAGAUGGAGAAGAUGAAAGUUUAAAGUGGUUUAUGAUCUUUGACGCAAUGUCAGGCGGAAGUGCCGUUCAUCUCCCGGCUCUAAUCUUGGAUUACCUUUUCUUGGCAACCGAAGAAGACUUGGAUGUCCGAGGAGCUGACGAAUAUAGAAAGUAUCAGGCAGAUAAACACUUGAAAAAGGAGACAUCAAAUGAAAAUUUGCUUGAAAGACCCGAUUACUUUCCCGGCACAAGCAAUCCUUGCAUCAAAGAGCUUGCGGUAUCUCCUCGAGGUUUGGGCUUCCACAAAGGUCUCAAUCAAAAAGGCAUUGUUCAAUAUGAAGGUGGCUAUGCGGCUUUGAUUGCCGUCGAAAAAUUAGAAAGUUCCCAGCUCGAAGUUGCACAAGUGAUCAAAAAAGAUAUCCUGUUUAAGAUCUUAAAAGUGUUCCUUAUGUGUUUUUUGGCAGGAGACUUUCUUGCUUGGGUUUUCAGCGGCUAUUUAGCAAGAGGCGACUUGCUGCUAAAGCCAACUAUUGCAACAUAUUACGUCGUUGCUUUGGUUGGCUGCUCAGUCGUGGCAAGAUUGCAAGCACUCUACGCACUUUUCUAUCUAUUGGCUCUUCUCUAUACAGAACCAACUCGAAUUCCAAUCACAGUCAGCCGAUGGGAACCUCUGCUAUUCGCUCAACCACAUCUGAGCACUUCCAUGCAACAGAUGUGGGGAAAACAUUGGCACAGCAUCAUUCGUAGACCGAUGACCGUACUUUUCAUGCGUCCUGCCAAGCAGUUUUGUGAACAUCUCAACGUUCCGACCAAAAUUGGAAGAGCAAUUGGAAUCAUUUUAAGCUUUCUGUUUAGCGGUCUAAUGCAUGAAGCAAUCUUGGAGACUUCCCUUCCUCAUAUCGCUCAUCUGAAACAGCUGCCAUAUGGUGAAUCCACCUUACGUACAAUGGGAUAUGGUUGGGGAGCGAAGAAAUAUGCAACGACAAGAUUCUUUGUCAAUUGUGGCUUAGUAAUCCUUCUGGAGGAUAUUUGGUGCUCAUAUAUCGAGCCAAAAUUAGCCAAAGUGUUUACAAGCAAGUCUAAAGAACAACUGAUCAUUGGCAAGGCUAGAAAUGUUUUAGGCUGGUUAUGGUGUAUGAGCUGGAUGGUGGUAUUUGCGGUUGAACUUGUUGAUGUAUGGCACCAACAUGGUCUUUUGCAAGGAAUCAUCGCUCCUAUCCUUUUUCGAUUUAUUCCCUCCCUUCCACUAUUUGGCCAGACUUUUAUCUAG